AUGAGGGCAACCGCAAUAAUAUGGUGGAAAAAAGAGUGGGCCUUGAUCGCCGCCGCUCCAGACGCACAGUAUCCACCGCCGCCUACUGAGGAGAGAGCAAGAGCAGGAGGACGGGCAGCAGGAGCAGAAGACAUGUCCUGUCUCGGAAUGUGGCGGAUGCUGUGCCGCAGCAAACUGACGGAUGGAGUUGGCGAGGAGCAGAAAAAACUGGAAGGACAACGGCCGGGGAACAAUCGACCGGCAGCCGCUGCGACAGCGCCAGAAGCACGCCCGCAGCGUUCCAGAGAACCAACCUUUUAA